GCAAUUUUCUUAACUAAAUAGUAUGUUAUGGCUACCGAGAAAAUUCUCAAACUAUCAAAGUGGUUCUCUAACAAAAGUCUCAGGCUUAGUCUACAUCCCAAAAGAUCAAGAUCUUCCCACUCAUCCUUGAGCUCUUCUAGAUCACUACCCAUGUCACCAUGUACCAUCCACAAUAAAAGUAGUGGAGAGGAAGGGUCACUAAGGGAGGUUUUCCGUCACUUUGAUGGAGAUGGAGAUGGGAAAAUCUCUGCCUAUGAGUUAAGGUCAUAUUUUGGGUCCAUUGGAGAGUACAUGUCUCAUGAGGAGGCUGAAGAGGUGAUCCAUGACCUUGAUAGUGAUGGGGACAACUUGUUGGACUUCAAGGACUUCAAGAAGCUGAUGAAGAGGGAAGGUAGGGAUGGUGGUGAUGAUGAGGAUCUCAGAAAGGCUUUUGAGAUGUUUGUGUGUGAAAAAGAAGGGUCUGGUUGUAUCACUCCAAAAGGGUUGCAGAGGAUGUUGCACCGCUUAGGAGAUGAAAAGUCCCAUGAUGAGUGUGUGGCUAUGAUUAAUGCCUUUGACAUAGAUCACAACGGGGUCCUUGAUUUCAAUGAGUUUCACCAAAUGAUGGCCUGAGUUGUUAAUUUAAAUCUAGUAUAUGUCUUUGAUGUAAGUGGAUAAUUAAUACUAAAUCCAAAUCAGAUAAUCAAGAAUUGCAAAAUUGCAGUGUUUAAUGAUUGCUAUCUUC